AUGGAGAGUCCGACUUUGACUCUUAUGUCAUCAGUUCGGUCUGUGUCGGCACCCACAUCACCGAGAUCCAAAUCCUCCUCCAAGUCAUCCGCUCGCCUCGGUCGUGUCGGUGGAAUGGACUCGGACGGCUGCCGUACGCGCGCGUCAAGCAUCUCCAGCAAGAGCAGCCACGCCACCGUGCAGAGCCUUAUGGCCUUCGCAGAAGAGAGCCCUUAUGAGUUCGAGCAGUCCAUUCUGUUACUCAGGCUUGCUGACUCUGUGAAGAACGAGGCAGAAGACCGUUUGAGUCCGACCGCAACUGAAGGCAGGUCGCGAUCCCGGCAUGGAACAGGCAAGUCUUCCGACUGGCAGUCAUUUUCGCGCAAGUCAGCGAAAGCAAGAACAGCAGACUCAUGUGACUUCGACAAGAGGAGUUUGCCGAGAGGUUGCAAUUGCAUUCUCUCCAUCUAA